CAAUACAAAAUGUUCAAGCUGUGUGUUUUCGUUGCCCUCCUGAGCUUGGUGGCCGCCGCUCCAGCACCAGCGCCCGCACCUUCCGGCAUCCUGGCACCCGGUCUCGUCGCACCCGGUAUCUGGGGACCCACAGUUGUCGCAGGACCACAAGUCGUCAGCGUAGUGCCCCACGCCAUCUCGCAUGCUGCCAUUACACAAGUGCAUGGUUCACCACUGCUGGUGAAGGGUAUUGCUCCUUUGGGCCAUGUUGUGGUUGGUUAAGCAAACGACCAAUUUCUAGUGACUGCCGCAUACGCACACAACAGCUCCUGCUUACAAAUACUGCUAUCAUCGAACUGUGAAAAUUCCAAGUACCCUGUCAUUAAUGAAUACACAAACAAAAAAUCACAAAAAAAAAAUCAAGACACCCAUUUCGAUGCAACAAAUUAAAUGUUAUAGCGAGCGAAAA